AACUCUUCGAAGCUAAGAUUUCAGAGGAGGCUAAUUUGGGAAGAAGUCUGUUUGAAAGGUUGGUAUCAUUGGGACACAAGAAGCACCUUCUCAAUAUACAGUAUAGAAUGCACCCAGCAAUAAGCUUAUUCCCAAACAUAGAGUUCUAUGGAAAGCAGAUUUUGGAUGCUCCAAAUGUCAAAGAAAAAAUUCAUGAAAAACACUUCCUUCAAGGUAAUAUAUAUGGGCCCUAUUCCUUUAUAAAUGUUGCUUAUGGAAGGGAGGAAAAUGAUGGGCAUGGAAAGAAAAACAUGGUGGAGGUGGCAGUGGUUUCUGCAAUUGUUAAAAGCCUCUCUGAAGCAUCAUUUGCUUCAAGGCAGGACCUUAGUGUUGGUGUAAUAUCCCCAUACAAGGCACAAGUAUUUGCAAUUAAAGAGAAACUUGGAAACACUUAUAAUACACUGAAAUAUUUCUCUGUGAGUAUUCGAACUGUUGAUGGGUUUCAAGGAGGCGAGGAGGAUGUAAUAAUAAUCUCUACUGUCAGGUCUAAUGGGAGAGGAUUAGUGGGUUUCCUUGCCAAUUUUCAACGUACAAAUGUAGCUUUGACCAGGGCAAGGUACUGCCUCUGGGUAUUGGGGAAUGGUCCAACUUUAAUCAACAGUGGUUCCAUUUGGAGGAAACUAGUCCUUGAUGCAAAGGACCGGGGAUGUUUUUUUAAUGCUGAUCACGAAAAGAGUUUGAAGGAAGCAAUAAUAGCUGGUCUGGUUGAACUUCGUGAAUUCGACAAGUUACUUAACACAGAUUCUCUGCUGUUUGCUGGAGCGAGGUGGAAGGUUCUCUUCAGCAAUGAUUUCUGGAAAUCCAUUGUCAAAAUAAGAAGGGUUGAGACUCGGAAUGAAGUGCUUUCUCUAUUAAUGAAGCUUGCAAGUGGAUGGCGUAAUCCCCAGAAGUGGAAAAAUCUCCACUUAAUGGAUGGCACUUCUUCUGAGCUGCUGAAUGUAUACAAGGUUGAUGAGUGGUUCAAUCUUGUUUGGACUGUUGAUAUUCUCAGAGAAAAUUCCAAGUACAUCCAAGUCUUGAAAGUUUGGGAUAUUUUACCAUUGCAAGAGAUACCAAACCUUGCUAAGCGACUGGAUGUCAUCUUUGGAAAUUAUAAAGUAGACGAAAUGAAACGCAGCAAGUUCAAAUGUUCUGAAGGGAAUUUGGAAGUUCCAAUGAGUUGGGAUACCUCAAGUGCUGCAACGUUGAUGGACCUGCCCAAUCCCAAACCUCUGCAGUAUUUAUCGAGUCAUUUCACUUCACUCCAUCUGGGGAAGGAACCAAAUGCAUCAGCAUCAGCAUCAGCACCAGCACCAACAUAUAUAGCUAAAGACGGCAAAACCAAUGAUUUGGCUGAAACUACAAAGAUGAAGUGGAGGAGCCUUCCAGGGUUGCUGAAACGUGGAAUAUGGAAAUUUGCGCUACCCACUUGGGAAGAGGAUCCUGUGCUGCCAACUGUCAUUGUGCCCCAUGGACAGGUGAUGUGGCUAUUCCUACUGUUGGAUAGGGAGUACAUGGUCCAUAUGAGCCACAUGCCCACACUCCAAAUUUCAAAGUGUGAGUCGAUCAAAUACCCUCACGUGUACUGGCAUGCACGCCUAUAG